UAAUUUAAAACAUUUUGUGACAAAUGGUGGUGUAGAUUUAUAAAGUUUACAUUUAACUUUGUAUGUAAAAUAUCUGGAGCAAAACAGCCUGUACCAUAAAUAUAAUAAAUAAAAUUGAAUAAUCGACAUUCAUUCAUAACAUUCAAAGCCAUUGCCUGUCAAUAGCAGUUUAGUGAACAUUGAGCAAAAAAAUAUGAUGCAAGUGACGUAAAACAAAUGAAUUUGCAGCAAUGUGUGAGUGCGUAGUGUUGAACAAAAAGUACAUAAAAUAGUGAUGUUUAAGAAGUGAGUUUUAUCGAUGUCGAUGAGGGGGUAGUGUGCUAUGGUGGGAGUGGUAGUCGCAGCAUGACCACGUGGAUGGCGCUAUUCGGGCUAGUGUGGCUGCUCCGCGUGCGUGGUUCGCUCUGCGGUUGCGCAGCGUGCAGGCGAGCGCGCCACGAUGCGCACGAGACGCAAAGUGCGCCGAGCCCGCGCGCGCCCAGCCCUGAGGAGCAAGCCCCGUUUGACGUCAUCACGCUCGAACAUUACACCCGUGACGUCACCGUACAGACUGACUUCGAUGAUGAAGAUGUCGAGGAUCUUGAUAAAAUCGAGAUGCAGAUUUCUGAAGAAUCAAACGUCGGGAAUUACGAGUGCGGGCGAGAACAGUCGACACAUAGCCCGGAAAGUGGGCUACAGGCAGGAAGCUUCCAGUGUCCUUCGGACGCAGACAGCGAGGCAGUGUGGGAGACAGCUGAUGUGACAUUAGAGCGGGGAGCCAGCGGACUAGGGUUGAGCAUAGCGGGCGGGGAAACUGGAACCGAUGUCAGCAUAACGCGGCUGGCUGUGGGAGGCGCCGCGCAAAAAGAUGGGAGAUUGCAGAUAGGAGAUAUUUUAUUACAGGUAAACGACGUUUCAGUAGAAGGCGCGCCGCAUUCGAUAGCGGUGGAAGCUCUUCAAAAGGCUGGGAGCGUCGUUAGAUUACGAGUACGAAGAGCCCGCCGGCCGAGGGUCGUGACACUCUGGCGCGGUGUUCGAGGCCUAGGCCUCGGUAUAGCUGGUGGGGCUGAUGACGCAGCCGGAGGAGGAGGUAUCUUUGUAUCCCAUAUUGCUGUCGGUGGGGCGGCCCACCAUGACGGCAGAUUAAGAUUAGGCGAUAAAAUUUUGGCUGUAAGGGAUAAGGAUGGUAUAGAAACAUCUCUAAUUGGUGCAACACACGCCCAUGCAGUGACCGCGUUAAGAAGUACAGGGGAUCAAGUCACACUCAUUGUCCUCCCAGCCGGCUCAGUCCCGCCCGUCGCCAAGACAGCCCCAUUAUACUCAACUAAAACGCAAGCAACAUCGUGUUCGACACUCCACGAACUAUUAGAAGAGGAGCCGACUGAAAUACCGAGAUGUGUCCGCAUGGUCCGGCUCGUUCGCUCGGGUUCCCGUCUCGGCAUGGACAUCGUGGGAGGUUUAGGGGGGGAAGUGGAGGGGAGUACGGACGAGGAUGCUUGUGGGGUGUUCGUGUCAGGGGUGUCGGUGGGGGGAGCUGCAUACGGCAUGCUGCACAGAGGCGACAGAAUACUCAGUGUCGACGGCAGAGACCUUACGAGGGCUACGCAUGAACAAGCCGCUGCUGCACUAAAGCAGUACUCAGGAGCGACCGUGACAAUAGCAGCGCAGUACCAACCUGAGCAGUACGAGCGGUUGCGCGCGCGCAUUCGAGCGAUCAACGCGGCGGCGGCCAUGUCACCCCGGACCAGACAUGUUCCCGUACAUCCUGAUUUACAUGCUAUGUAUCCAAGAUAGCAGUGAGCUGGCUGUGAAACUGACCAUUUGAUGAGAACUGAAUACUAGUUAGUGAAAAUUUAUAACUAUGUAUGUUAAACAAUAAAAAAUAUCAAUUUCAUAACUGUGGCCAUGUGGCAUUCCUCUUUAUCAGCCCGUUUAUUGAUAAAUUCUUUGUAUAACGUGGCUCUCAUACCUACACUAAAAUUUUCAUUUAUUUUUCUACCUAAUAGAAUUUACUGGAAAUAGAAUUCUGAUAAUAUAAAAUAAAUCACAUUUUCUUUAGCAAGAAACUCAUAGCCAGAUUAGUUUCUCGGAAUAUGUAGUUCGAAAAGAACUGAAUAGAUAAUCUGUUUGCGCAAAUAACACAAAUAUUUGUUUUGUGGGAUUUGAUAUAACUUAAGUCGAAGAAAAUACCUUUCAAGAUCGGCAGAUACCACUAUGAAAAUCGGGAAAAUUCAAGAAUUUUGAUACACAUUUUAUUGAAUUUCUUACACAACUGUCGAAAUAAUAGUUGUAAAUAAUAUUACCUACGCAAGUUAAUGCCAUUCAGCUGAAACUGCGUACCGUCCCUACCCGUCUUUCCCAAGACAACGUACAGACGUGUCCCAUGAAAUCCCAGUUGAUCCUGACUGACUUAUUGCCCACAUCGGCGAUACCUGAACAAAGAUGUAAACUUCAGUUAUGUAAAUAAUGCUUACCGUCCCGUUUUGAGAAACGGAAUGACAUUUCAAUGUUUCAGAAUGUAUGUACUUAGGUACGUCUUCUACUUAAG